AUGGGAGGAGAGUGCGGGGAACCUGUCCCGUGGCAGCUCUGUACUAAAAGACUUGAGUGCUUCCGCCGAGCAAGCGCCGGGCGCGGGCUCUCGUUUAGCUCCCCGGACACCGCGCUGCGCUCUGGGUCCGCCGGCAGAGUUCUGAGUAGGAUCAUCAUCAUGAGCUCCAUGGAAGAAGUGGAAACUGAAGAGACAGUAACUUGUCUGCAUAUAACUUUGUACCAUCCUUGCCAAGAAGAAAAGCAGGUGUUUCGCAGCUUAAAAUUCCACAAGCGAGAACGGCGCAAGGUAGAUGACAUGGCAAAGUUUGGCCGAGAUUCUAACAUUUGCCAUUAUAAUUUAAUGGAUACCCGUGUUUCCCGGGUUCAGUUUACCCUGCAGUUUUUCAGGCAACUCAACAGCUCAGAACUUGGUUUUGAGAUAAAGAACAUGAGCAAAAAGACCAAGCUAAUUGUGGACAAUGUGGAACUGGACUACCUAAACAAAAUUGACCUGCCAUGGAAAUGCAUCAUUCGCUUUGGAGACUACCAACUCUUAAUGCAAAGACAAGAUGGGGAAUCACUGGAUUAUUUUGAGACUUGCUUUGAGUUGGCCCAAGCUUCACUUUUGCAAGAGAGACAUCUGCCUUUACUGCAGCCCAUACCCGAGUGUGGCAUUUCUCCUUCUUUGGUCCAUUCCCAGGGAGUAAGACCAGUAGAGAUGGAUGAAAAUGAUUUGUGAUAGAAGGGAGAAGGUUGCUUUCAAUAGUGUGCAAUACCUAAUUCAGUAUAACUUCAGAGGACCAAAUCUUAUCUCCUCCGUACACUGCAUUUAUGUUGCUUUCCAUAGUUGCCACUGCUGUUAUGUAUUCUUCCUCUUGCACACUGUUUAAACAUAUCAGAACUUACUCAUUUACAAAUGUCAUUAGACCUGCAUCAUCUUUAUUUAGUGUCCAUCCUGUCUCCUCCCCUCCACUGUCUUAUCACCUUCUGUGUUUGUCUGUGGUAAACCCCAAUCAGAGUUAGUGGAUCUUUGCAUGGGCCUAAAGGCUCAUGGUAGCAGAUCCAACUGUAGGACUGGGGCCACAGAGCGUAAGCUCUUUCAGACAAGGUCUACCUGCCCUAUAGUGCUGCUAUUUGGCCAGCUGUCCUGUCAAUGCUCCCUGCCUCACUUUCCCCAAGUGGGCUAUCAGUAAGUUAAGAGGCGUUAUUUAGGGAAUAGCAUCCCUCUGAGGGGUCUAGUUUAUUGACCAGAGCCUAAAUGAGCAUGCAUCCAAAACUUCACUCCAGUGUCUUAGCUGGGAGACAGUCAAUCUUAAUUUAUCCAUCCCACCUGAGUCCAUCAGUCCACUCCAGCAGCUCUCUCUGUCCAGGCUUCUUGCCACUAUCUGAUAAAAAUUCUUUCCCCAGACUCAGAUCUGUCACCCGUAGCUCUUCUCUGUAGCAGCAUGUAGUUUCUGACAUACAGGGAAUGCCCAGGCUAAGAGUGCACCUUCUAGGCUCCUGUCUCUGGUAAGGUCUCAUCAGGGGGCUUCCUGUCUCCAGGAACCCCUUCCUAGACUUGUUGCUCUGGUGAACUUCCUGGCUCUAGAAACCACCUCAGCUGAGGACUGGUUACCCUUUGGCAGGGUCAUUAGCUAAAUCAGUUGUCAACUAGGUGCAUAGGGAUUUCAUUACCUCCAGGUGGCUUUGAGUUGGCUUGUUCUCCCUUUCAGGAGCUUGUCCUGGGUAGGCUGGUCUCUGACUCUCCUGAAAGGGCCAGCCCCGGUAACACAGGGUGGGUCGGUGUGUGUGUCUGUCUCUCUCUCUCUCUCCUCAUACAUAUGUAUGUAUAUAUUUAAUUAUCUCUGUCAAACAUGGUGCAAAAUCCUGGCUUUAUAAAUAAACCACAAGUGGCCAGGAUUAAUAUACAAAUUUGUUAUAUUGCAUUAUUAACUUUGAUACUGAAGUGCAAUCUGUAUUCAGACUGAGAUCCAUUUUCAACACUAACUUUGAUGUUAGGGUUGAAAAUGGAACUCAAACUUUUUUUAUUUAUAUUUUGUGAAAAUGGAGCUAUUUAGUUGGUAUAUUUAACCUCACAAUUUUUCUUCUAAUCCUAAAGUGAGCAGAAUGUGCUAUAAUAAAAAUGCUGUUAUCUUCAAAGAUGUGAGUGUAAAUAAAACAAACAAUGUGAAUGUCCAGUUGAGAUUUUAUUAAAAAUGUUUGCUCGCCUUA